UUCCGCGUAAAGCAAUUAGGCUACUAUCACUCACUCCAUUGGUCUACCCUACAGAAUUCAUCGAAGCAACGUUGCGGUGUCUUCAAAGGAGAAACUGCGUAAUGCGCAAUAGCUGCUGGUCUCCAGUGCGCCUUGUCAGUCCAUCAUGCUGUGACACUUAUCGUUUCGAAAGCAGCAGCGCACCACACAGAGAGAGAACGAGCAGGAGAGAAUGGAGAGAAGUGAAGAGAACGACGAUGAAGCCUCCUCGUCCUCGUCCCAGCAAAACACAAUGUGGAAACAAUUUCAAGCGAGAGCCAAACCCAUCCUUAGCCCCAAACUCAGCGCCAGAAACCCAGAUGAGAAAAAGGAGAAGGGAUCAUUGUGGAUGUUUCGGAAGAAGAAAAAACACCCUGUUUUGGAUCGUGUGAUCUCCUCCUCACAGCCCGACCUAUUCUCUGAACCGGUGGGUUUGGACUUGCAGGAGUCGCCCCUCUGCGGCAAAGUGGACCCGAGCACCAGCCACAGCUCCAGACAGGCGGGCGAAGAGCCGAUGCAGCCCGACACACAGAGAGUCGUUGGCGGCUCGGGAAUCCCGAAGCCCACGCUAGUACAGCUGGUGCAAUCCCACCACAAGAGCUCCUCGCUGGGGUCCUCGUGCCUGGAGAGGCUGGUUGCGGACCCUUCAGCGAGUGGUAGUGACAGCGAUGUUGGAGAGAAGGAGGCACAGCUGGAUAAAGCUGACCUGCAGGUUAUGGGUGCCACUGGUGCCUCGGGGGUUAACUCGGACAAAGCUCUGCCCAGCUCAGAGAUGUACCAGCUGGACAUAGUGCUGAAGAGAGGACACAACCUGGCCAUACGGGACAGAGGAGGUACCAGUGAUCCAUAUGUGAAGUUUAAGCUGUGCGGGAAGGAGGUGUUUCGCAGUAAGACCAUCCACAAGAACCUUAACCCUGUCUGGGACGAGGGGACUAAACUACUGGUUGACAGUCUGCAGGAACCUCUCUAUGUCAAGGUGUUUGACUAUGACUUCGGCCUUCAGGAUGACUUCAUGGGUUCAGCUUACCUCUACCUGGAGUCCCUGGAGCAACAGCGGGCAAUACCAGUUAAUCUAACACUGCAGGACCCUCACUACCCUGAUGUAGACCUGGGAACACUGGAGCUGACCGUCACCUUAAGGCCUAAAGACGGCUCCAUAGAGGAGCCGCACAGGGAUGCCACUACCAUGCUGCUCAAACGGACCUGGAGGCGAUCCAGUAAGCAGCAGUCCGUGCGUCUGGCAGAGCUGCACCGUAAGCACCAGCUGUGGAGAGGCAUCGUCAGCAUCUCUCUGAUCGAAGGUCGUGACCUUUGUCCCAUGGACCCCAAUGGCCUCAGUGACCCCUAUGCGAAGUUCAGACUGGGAAACCAGAAGUACAGGAGCAAGACCAUGCCUAAGACGCUGUGUCCCCAGUGGAGAGAGCAGUUUGAUCUGCACCUGUAUGAAGAGACAGGAGGAGUGCUGGAAAUUGCAGUCUGGGACAAAGAUACAGGACGCAGGGAUGACUUCAUAGGACGCUGUACAUUAGACUUGUCCACCCUUGCUAAGGAACACACCCAUCGGUUAGAGCUGGCGUUGGAGGAGUCCCGGGGCUCUGUGGUGCUGCUGCUCACUCUGACAGCCUCUUCACACGUCUCCAUCGCCGACCUGUCACUCACCCCGCUCGACGACCCCAUCGAACGCAGGGAGAUCAUGGGCCAAUAUGGCAUGUUCCGGCCCCUGUCUAACCUGAAAGAUGUGGGGAUAGUUCAGGUCAAGGUGAUGAGAGCUGAGGGCCUCAUGGCUGCCGAUGUCACAGGUAAGAGUGAUCCUUUCUGUGUUUUGGAGCUGAAUAACGACCGGUUACAAACACACACCAUCUACAAGAACCUCAACCCGGAAUGGAACAAAGUCUUCACCUUUAAUGUGAAGGACAUCCACUCUGUGUUGGAGGUGACAGUGUUUGAUGAAGACCGAGACAGGAGCGCUGACUUCUUGGGCAAAGUGGCCAUCCCACUGUUACAUAUCCAGAAUGGAGAACAGAAGGGUUAUGUAUUGAAGAAUAAGGAGAUGACCGGACCAACUAAAGGACUCAUCUACCUAGAGUCUGACGUCAUCUAUAGCACUGUGAAGGCAGGCUUGAGGACGAUAGUUCCACCAGAGCAGAAGUACAUUGAGGAAGAACCCAAAGUGUCUAAACAUUUGCUCCAGCAGAACUUUAACCGAGUGAAGAGGUGCAUCUUGUUCGCGAUAAACAUUGGAACCUUCAUUAACAGCUGCUUUGAGUGGGAGUCACCUCAGAGGAGCAUCAGUGCCUUCCUGUUCUUUGUGGUAGUAGUGUGGAACUUUGAGCUCUAUAUGGUGCCUGGAGCUCUGCUGCUGCUGUUGACGUGGAAUUACUUCAUCACUGCAGGCAGGGAGUCGGGAGACACGGCAGGGGAAGCCACGUUCGAGUGGGAGGAAGAGGAAGAGGAGAAAGAUGACAAGGAUUCGGAGCGUAAGGGCUUCAUGGAUAAGCUGUAUGCCCUCCAGGAUGUGUGUGUCAGUGUACAGAGUGCCUUGGAUGACGUGGCCUCCUAUGGAGAGAGGAUAAAGAAUACAUUUAACUGGACAGUGCCUUUCCUGAGUUGGCUGGCCAUAUCUGUUCUGUGUGUGGCUACAGUCCUCCUCUACCUCAUCCCUCUGCGAUACCUUGUGCUCGCCUGGGGUGUGAAUAAGUUUACUAAGAAGCUCAGGAAUCCAUACCUGAUCGAAAACAAUGAGGUGCUAGACUUCCUCUCUAGAGUCCCCUCAGACGUACAAGUGAUGCAGUAUCGGGAGCUGAAGUUCGAUCCAGGACAGAGCCCCAGCAAACGAAAGAAGACCAACCCUGGCUAGACACACACACACACACACACACACACACACACACACACACACACACACACACUGGACUCUGUCUCUGAGGGAUUUUCAACUCCCCCAUACUUUGUAAAUAGGGUACGCAACUGUAAACAUUGUAAAACAAAUAGUAUUGAAUUUUUUUAUAUGAUGAAUAUUUCAUCAUUACGAUUAAGACUAGUGCUAGUUUUAUUUUGUAUGUUUUAGUUAUUGUGGAAGUCACAGCACAAAGAGAAGUAUGUUUUUUUUACUCCUUUUCUUUGUUUGGUCACAAUAUCAUUUUAUAAAACGGGUCCAAACACUUCUGAAUUUUUAAAAUGGAAAGACUCCCUUCUGGAGACGUGUGCUUUCCUCCGACUAGAUACCUGGACACCUGUACAAGAUCAGCACAGGGACACACUAGCCUCCAGGACAAUGUUGCCAGUUAUAAAAACAUUGUUUUUAAUAAAGAUUUCUACAGAGAUAUAUACAAAUAUAUGUAUGUGUAUAACGAAGAGUAUGUAUUUAUAUCAAAGAGCAUAUACGUGUGUACUGUGUAUGUUUGUCAAAUCAAAUCAAAAAAAAUAUUGAUCACAUACACAUAUUUAGCAGAUGUUUUUGCGAGUAUCGAAAUGCUUGUAUAACAGAAAGAAAUACUUAAAAGUUGCUAUUGGCGCCAUCUUGGCCCUAGUCUGAAUUUCUGCAGGUUUGUUUUUAACGUACAGAGAACAGAGUCUUCUUGUAAAACUCUUCUGUUUCUUUGGUCCAGACACAUUUUUUAUCUGCCAUUGAAUACCCCGAAGAACAUGGCUGACGUUUUACAUUCUCCCAACCAAUUGUGCUAUUUUGUUAUGUUUUUGUGCUUUUUUUGUAACUUAUUUUUUAAACUUAUUGUGUACAUGUUACUGCUACCGUCUCUUAUGACCGAAAAUAACUUCUGGACAUCAGAAAAGCGAUUACUCACCUCAGUCUGGAAGAAACUUUUUCCUUUAACGAGUCCGACGAGAAGGAUAUCCUGCUUUCAGUGGAACAGGCCCAGAUCAACGCCUUUUGCUUGAAAAAAAGACGCCGGAAAAGGGGCCGCAGAUCGGGGAUCCUUCUGAGAAUCCGGAGGUGAACGAGUAAACUCCCACUGCCUUCCAUUCUUCUCGCUAACGUGCAAUCAAUGGACAAUAAAAUUGGCGACCUACGAUAAAGAUUAUCCUACCAACGGGACAUUAAAAACUGUAACAUCUUAUGUUUCACAGAGAUGUGGCUGAACGAAGAUACAGACAAUAUAGAGCUAGCAGGAUUUUCCAUGCACCGCAGAACAGAGACGCUACCUACCUCUGGUAAAACGAGGGGUGGGGUGUGUGUCUUUUUGUCAAUAACAGCUGGUGCGCGAUGUCUAAUAUUAAAGAAGAAUAUUAU